AUGCCACCGAAACGUGGUAAGGCUGAUGGGUCGCCUGCAAAGGAACCCAUGCAAUCCAGCACUAAGCGCACGCGCCGCGAUUUAUCGCAGCCGUCGCAAAGUGCGUCAGACACUGGGGUGGAUCUUCCAUCUCACGAUAAUGUGGAUGAAUAUCCAUUUCUCAUUGUAGACUACAAUGAGACUACGCCAUUUCCAUCACCCCAAAGUGGCGAUGAGCAUAACUCAGGUGAGUGUGAGCUUAAAGCUCCACCAAGCACACCUUCGGCCUCACUAGCCCGCCGUCGCGAGGGCGGCUACGUGAGUGGUGGCUUGCCACCAAUGCCACCUCCAUCUGAGUGGAUGAACUCGGAUGGGUCUAGUGCAGCGCUUUUGCAGCGUGCCACUAUAGACGCUCAUAGAUUCUAUAGCGUCUUUCCUUUGUGGAAAAAGCAGGGCAAAGCACUUGGUCGUGCUUUCCCAAUUCCAGUCGUGCUGCGUUCUAACGAAACAGCCGACGACUAUGAAGCUGAACUUUGGCGCCGUGUAACGUUGCAUGAAGAUGCAACUAAACAGCGGUCGCAGCGAAUCAGCUUCGCCAUGAAGCGUGCGCAUGAAAUUAUGGGCAAUAAGCGACCUCCAAUUAAUUCUCGCCACGCUUCUUCUGCUAGCCCUUCCGGACCUAGCAGAAAGAAGACAGCGGGCGCUGCUUCACAUAAGCAGCCACCAGCCCAGGCACUUCAACGCGCAAAGCGUCCACAGGCUCCCAUGAGUCAAAGCUCGUUGGGUAACCCUUCCACUGGACAAGGAUUUGGAGCUUUCGCUUCACAAACCGGUGGGCCAACAGCCUUCCAACAAGGAAGCGCGUAUUCCCUUCCGUGUCCACCAGCACAGGUGGCGCCCGAUAGGAGCGGCGAUUACGCCCACCUACUCGCGGCUGCCUACCCUGCUGCUGUUCAGUCGCAGGCUAAGUCCGCUGCGCUGAAGAGGCAGGUGACAGAUCUCGAGAGUCAAGUCUCGCGACUGACCUCGUAUCUGCGCGAUGUGAGGGCGAGAGACCGUCAGGGGUAUGACCGCCUGAAGACCCGUUUGGACAUCUUAGAGCGACUGGUGAUGAGAGACCCGCGUCAAGCGCGGAGUCCUCCUCGAUCGUCGAGUCCUCUAUCGCCUCGUUCGUAUACGGGGGCCUCUCGGCUUCCUCGUCGCCUGAUCGGUCGCGACGCUCGACUCACAGUCGACGUCACCAUCGGUCUCGCUAGACCGAUGUGGAUAUGUGAUCUCUUCUGGAUAAACAUACCGCUUCAGACGACCCACGUAAAAUACGGGGUGAGUCUUCAUAUACGGUGGGAGAGUGAGCCUAUAAUUUAG